AUGCGAUUCCCUUCAUACUCUUCUAUCAAGUCCCUCCCCACCGAUGCGGACUCCGAUGCCCUCUUGAAGAACGUUUUCCAUGGCUCGUCCAGCAUGUCUGAUUGUGCCACUGCUGUCACCUCGGCACUUGGUCUGAUGUUUUUCGACCCUCAAGGAAAGCUCACGGUCGUUACCAUCCCAAAAAAGGUUAUCCUUGACAAUGGAAUGUCGGCUGGUAUCUUUGCCUCCCUCCGAGACGACCUUGCCCAAGCGAUCCCCGUGACCAUUGACCCCGACGAACUCUCCAAACGGGUGAUUGGGGUGGGCAACAAUGGCCGCGCCGUCUUGUGCACAGACUUACCUGAAGACAUCGACUUCACAGUCGAAUCACCAACCUUCUGUGCUGUCUCGGUUUUCUGCCCUCUUGUUCCAGGUAGCAAGAUGCCACCGGAUCUGGACCUUACCCAAGACGUCACUGAAGAAGUUCUUCUAGUCCUUUCGCCUCACGAACGUCUAUGGGUCGAAGUUCAUGCCUUUCUCUUCAAGAAUACGAUGGGAAGAAGCCUUUUUGUCGACGAGACACUCGUCGGCCGGACUUCUAUCCCACUGGACCAGUUUAUUGUCAACGAGCAGCUAGCUGCAAUCUCCGAGAAUACUCUCUCCACAGCAUCUGGGUACAAGUUUUGCGACGCCCGGACCGGCUCUGAGUCCUUUUACAAGUACAUUGGGAGCUUCAACAGUAAGGUCGAUGCGCUCUCCCGUGCCCACACCGAUGUCUCUGCCGAACCAAGUGUUCCUACCGGGGCUGCCCAACCAAUCGACCACGCCAGUAUCAUCAAGGAGGCAAUUUUGGCAUCAAAGACCACGGCCACCAACGACGCGGCAAACAAAGCUCAAGAGCGAGUCCUACUGUCCUGGCGAAUACUCUUUGGCCAUUUCAUCACCCACCCGGAUGGGAGUGUUGAAUACGUACUGGCUGAUUGUUCGUCCGCUUGGAAGACCAUUUUGAAGGCCAAGCCCCAACUUGUGCUUCGUUUCUUCCACGAAGCCUUUGAGCAAUCCAUUGAAGGGCUCCAACCUACCCGCAAUGCUUACCAUGCUCUCUUUGACUGGGAUGUCCAUCGCAUCCAGGCAGCUGGGAUGGCGGCAAUCCAAGGAGCCAGCUUUACCACCAGAUCUCUGGUAAUGAACCCAUCCGAUGCACUGUCCUGCUUCAGUCUCCUUCAGUUCCUCCCUUCCGACAGGACCGACAAUGACUUGGCCUAG